AUGGCUAAUAAUGAGAAUGACAAUGAUGCUGCACAAGUUUAUCUAUUAGGUAAAACAUAUUUAGCAAAUAAUCAAGGACAAUUUUAUAUUCGAAAUGAUCCUAUUGUUCAAAUGGCAUCUGGUGAUCGACAUACACUUAUUAUUACUGAAAGUGGUCGUGCAUUUGCUUUUGGUGAUAAUGGUUCAGGUCAAUUAGGUCUUGGUCAUACGAAUAAUGUUGAAAAAGUUUCAUGUAUAAAAACCUUAAAAUUUGGAGAUACAGGUGAAAGAGUUAUUUUAGCUGCAUGUGGUCGUGAAUCAUCACUUGUUGCAACAAAUCGUGGUUCAAUAUAUGCAUUUGGUUCAAAUAAUCGUUCACAAUUAGGAAUAGAAUCAAAAGAUACAACAAUGAUUCAUACUCAACCUAGUAAAAUUGAACAUUUUAGAGGAAAAAUUAAUUGGAAACAAAUAUCAAUGGGUGCUGAACAUGCAUGUGCAUUAACAGAAGAUGGUCUCGUAUAUGUUUGGGGUUCAAAUGAAGAUGGUCAAUGUGGACAACCACGUAAAAAUGAUACAAUUAAAAUACCUAGAGAACUUCGAGUAGAAUAUCAAGUUGUUGCUAUAUCAUGUGGAUAUUAUCAUACAGCAUUAGUUAGUAGUGAUGGUCGUUUAUUUUUAUUUGGAAAUAAUGAUGAUAGACAAUUAGGACGUUCAGUACCGGAUCAAUUUGUUGGUCCAGUAGAAGUUUCAUUGCCAGAUAAAGUUAAAGCUGUUGCUUGUGGAAAUCAACACACAGUUGUAUUAACAGAAAAAGGAGACGUGUACACAUGUGGACAUGGUGAUCGUGGUCAACUUGGUCUUGGCCAUAAAGUUCACUCAGCAGAAACAUUUGAAUUUGUUCCUGGUUUACCUAAACGUUUAACAGCAGUUGCUGCUGGUGAAGCUCAUACAAUUAUUCUUGGUUCUCGUGGUGAUAUUUAUGUAUGUGGUGAUGGUAAACAUGGUAAAUUAGGUUCACAAACUCAUUCAAAUGAAUUUGAACCAUGUCUUAUUGAUAAAUUUAAAAGUUAUAAUGUUUUAAAAGUUGUUUGUGGUGGUUGUCAAACAAUAGUUCUUGCUCAAAAGAAAACGACUGAUCAGAAAAAAUCGUCCGGAAGUGAAGACGAUAUUUCAAAUGCAACACUUUCUGUAACACAACGUCCAAAAAGUGUAGCACGUAAUCUACGGAAUGAAAAAAUAACGAAUCGUAGCAGUACAUUUGGUGAUUCACUUGAUGCAACUAUUCAACAUGCUAAACCACUUCGUUCACAAAAUCAUUUACGUGUAGAAGCUGAUGAUGAUGAUGAUAAAUCUGAUAAAGAAUUAUCUGAAUCAUUAAAAAGUGCAACAUUUAAUCAAACACAUACAUUAACAAAUGGUCGAUUUAAACCAACACAAAGUCCAUCAUUAAAUCGUACUACAUUACGUUCGAUUGAUGAUGAUUCUAAACCAUUAAAAACAGGUGUAUUAGAUCGUACAGCACGUCUUAAUAAAGAUACAGAUGAUUUAAAUAAAACAAAUAAUCGUUUACCAGCACUUGAUAAAUCACCUCUACGUAAUACACGAUUCGAUCAAUCAAGUCCACAAACAUUAAGUAAGAAAAAAUCGGAUUCCGACGAAGAUAAACCACCUAUACGUAAUACACGAUUCGAUAAAUCAAAUCAACAAAUAUUAAAAAAGAAAAAAUCAGAAUCCGACGAAGAUAAAUCAUCAUCAGAAGAACAACCAUCCAAAUCUUUUACUAAAAAAUCUGAUCGAUCAUCACCACCAUUACGAAAUGAUCGAAAACCUUCUCCUAUAACAAGACGUAAAAAUACUAGUGAAAGUGAUGAAGAUAAAAAAGUUAAACGUUCAUCUCCUCCAACUAAAACACCCAUGAGUGAAACAUUAAAUCGAAAAUCACGGCAACCUCCUCGUCGUAAUAUUGAGGAUUCCGAGGAUGAAGAAGAUGAUGAUGACGAUGAUAACGACGAAGAUAAUCCAAGAUUAUCUAAUCGACAUAGUAAACAACCACCACCAACUGCUGUUCGUCGAAGUUCAUUGCCACCUCAAGCACGUGCAGGAGCACCUAAUUCAUCAUCACGUGAUGGAAAUCAAACAAUUGGUUCUAAACCAAGUGAUGCUGCUCGAGGUAGUUUUCGUUCACCAGCAACAAAAACACUUGCUAAACCAACAACAAACAAUUCAAAUGCUGAUACAUCAAAGAAGGAAACUCCACCUGCUCAACAACCAGGAUUUUUUUCAAGAAUUUUUGGUGCAAAAUCAACACCACCACCACCACCACCACAACCACCAGCAGCUGCUCCUUCAACGACAAAUUCUAAUUCAAGAACAUGUUUAAUUAUGUAA